AUGACUCUUUCUGAUGAGUGGUAUUCAGAUGGAGCCAGAGACGGUGACGAUGCGGAGGUCGGUAACAGUAGCAAAGGCGAUCGGAACGAAGGAAUCAAUAGGGUACAUUUUGAAAUAAGUCGUGUGAUAGAAAGAGUUUAUAUCAAGGCACCCAACACCAUGGACAGGCAGAACCACGCUGGUGGCGGCUUGUACAAGGCAGUCGUUGAGGGCGGCUAG